GUUGAUGGGCGCAGACAUGUUGAAUUCCGCCGGCAUGAUACAAGAUGUCUGGUAAAGUAAGGCAUAGAGUUGGUGCAAAUCCAACAGAAGCAGCUACUCUCUCUGUAAACGAACGAAUUCUGAAAGACUGUCACAACAUAUACAUUGAUCCAGCAAAUGGGCUGGUGCCAAUUGCAGAGAAGUUGGGUCUAUCACUGAUGGCACCCAGGAAGAAGAUUAACAUCUUGUUGCUAGGCAACCACUCUGCUGGGAAGAGCACUUUCAUAAACUGGUACGUCGAGGAGCACGUGCUGAAGACCGGCGUUGCCAUAGAAACACAGGGAUUCACGUUCGUGACAAGCGGCAGGAAGCGAGAGUCAUUGACGGGAAAUGCAACUCUUCAUCUCUAUCCGCACUACAAGGGACUUGCUGAGAUCCCAGGAGUGCUGGACUAUGCGACGACGGAGAUUUCGACAUCGAAGCAGAAGAAGUUCAGCCUGGUGAUGUUUGUCGACACUCCGGGGCUCGUCGAUGGAGACAUGAGCUACCCGUUCGACGUCAACGAAGCCAUCCUGUGGCUGGGCAACAUGGCCGACCUAAUAUUCGUGUUCUUCGACCCGAUUGGUCAGGCUUUGUGCAAGAGGACGCUUGAUCUAGUGGAGGCUCUCAACGCGACGCACAGCGACAAAAUCCGAUUCUACCUGAGCAAGGCGGACGAGGCGGGACACGAGUCGGAUAGACAGCGAGUUCUGAUGCAAAUUGUGCAGGAGCUGUGCAAGCGACCGGGGCUCAACAAGUGUGGAUUUGACAUGCCUACCAUCUACAUACCAUCAAAGAAUCAAAAGACGAGCAGGUGUGUGAAUCAGAUCGAGGACGUCUGUAAGGAGGUGGAGAAGACGAUCAACCAGACGAUACAGAACACGCUGAACAGCCUCGAGCGUGACUGCGAGCUGAUCACGACCACCGUCGCCGAGAAGCUGCAGAUAGAUGCCGACGCACAUUACGCCAACCUGCGAACGAGGAGUAAAGGCUGUCUGUAUACUUUCCUCGGCCUGCUCAUUCCGAUGCUCAUCCUUAUCAACUUCCUAGUCAGCACAGUGCCGCGAGCCACUCUCUAUUCGACCUUUGGCAAGGACUACACGGAGAUCCUCAUGGUGUACUUGGGUCCCACGCUGCAGUUGUGGGAUGCCAUUCCGCAGGACUACAAUCUGCAGGUGAUCGGAGGUUUACUUAUCUUCUCCCUCGUGCUGGUGCUUCUAGCUAAACUCACUACCAGGCUUCAACCCACGCUGAGUAAGAAGGAGAAGCGAGUGCUACCAGAGACGCGUGACUACAUCGAAAAUCACGUGAAAGCUCUGAAGAAGCAACUGUACGAGGAAUACCUACAGCAGAGUAUUAGUGCCUACGACCUGUAAACCUAGCGGGAAGCUGCAGAGAAGAUUGCCACGACCCGAACCUACAUGAUCUCAACAGACUGCGGGAGUUUUGGUUUCAGGCCUGUGGGAGGGGGAGAGAGAUAGAAAGAUAGAAAGGAAGAGAGUGGUUGUGAGAGAGAGAGAGAGAAAGAGAGAGAAAGAGAGAGGGACGUGUGGCUGGAAGGGGAAGGAAGAGAGAGAGGGGGGAGUGAGGGAGAGAGAGGGACUGAGAGAUAUUGUGUUAGUGGACAGGAAUGAUAGAUGGAAAGCUAAGUGUGAGGACGCCAUGAUGUUCCUGUGCAAUCUCUUAUGUCUAUGCAGGCUGCAAUGCCGUCAAGUGCGCACACAUUGAAUUUACAUUUGCAUGCUCUGACCCGUCCUUACUAACAUGUUAUUUAAAGUAAUAAACUUGACAUUUUCGGCGGUAAUAAAUUUGUUCCGCCUCUACUCGCGAUCUCGAGAUGAUGCAUGCGUGACUCCUUGUGUGAUCAUGGUGUAGGUGACUUCUAUAUUUCCACUGUUUGUAUGAUAACAUAUGUAUCCCCUGUUUGGGUCACCCCUGCACGUCUAUGCCUGCAAAGCAACAAAAAAUUGCGUAUGGGUUGUUAAACGUUAAGGUAAUAACAAUGUAAUUGUUUUAGGUUGUGUACUAACACACUGUUUCUUCCUUAAGGUCAGUGUUUGUACGUCAGUAAAAAUAUUCAUUAUGUAUUGUUUUAGUUAAAAGGGUUUCCGACAUCUUGGGAAACUUUAUUAUGAAUUAACAGCAAUGGCUUAAGUAUAAGGAUCUCAUGUUGUGAGCUAAACUGAGCAACUCGAGUAAUUUACUUAACCGACUGUGUGAUACAUGGCUAGCUCAGAGGUUGCCAAAAGAGGGUUGAAAUAUGGACACAGACAUGACAUUUUAUUAUGUCCUGCAAAUGCAAUCUGGUUUCAGGAGAAAUAUCUGAGUUGCUUGAGGGAAUCCGAAUGGUGAAAGAAUUUAUUUACUGGAAUAAAAACGAAACAUUUUUAUACACUUGA